AUGGCCAUCUUUAGGCAGGAUGGACGAAACAGUGCCUUCAGCAGAUGCAAAACAGACCUCCUCACUGACAUGGCAGUGGUGCCACCUGAUGGUGGAGAGCAACGUAGCCAUGCUGGCACUAACUUGGCACUCUACUGCCACUAUUGCCUCCGAGACAAGGCAGCUGUGUUCCUUAAUGAUGUACGCGUGCACCUGCCGUCUCCUGUUACAUUACGCGCGCCGAGGCGCCUAAGUGUACUGGUCGGCCUUCAGCGCUAUUUCGGACGUGGCUGUGAUGCUUUGAACCGUUGGUUUGUCGACCUCGUAAGCCAGUUAAUGUUUACACGGCCAUUUUUUUCUGAGCUGUUGAUUUAUUCCAUAACAGCUACUUCUGCUUCUGUAUUUUCAGGUGAAGCUUGUUCUCCAUCAGGCAAACCCGAAGACACUGCUUGCAGUGGCAAAGCGCCUAGGUGGCGACAAGGGUACCAUUGCGACCUCUGCCCCUACCACUCGAGGAAUAGGACAUCUUAUAAACGACACAUGCUGACUCAUAGCGGCGAGAGGUCUUUUGGAUGCCCAGUCUGUUCAAGAAAGUUUGCACUUUUUCAAACACUCACAGAUCACAUGCGCACGCAUAGUGGAGAAAAACCGUACCAGUGCCCCAUGUGCUCAUACAGAGCAGGCAAUAGCAGCGCACUGGCGGACCACAAGAAACGGCACACUACUGAUAAACUCAUUUCAUGCAGCGUGUGCCCUUAUGUCACUGUACGUCGCACAAAUUUCAAGAGGCAUGUGAUGACUCAUACAGGCGAGAAGCCUUACAGGUGUGAAGAGUGUCCAUAUGCUUGCUCCCAAAAAGUGCACCUGUCUGUGCAUAUGUUGAAGCACACCCAAGCCCGCCUAGCCACGUAACUUUAACUCCCUGUUCUAAGGCAUUACCAAAAGCAGGUAAAGGGGAAUUGUGGACUGCACCUCAGUUCCAGCUAAAGUCUUCACAACCCUGCAACAGCCAAACUGCUGCUUUUGCUGCUGAUGCUGAGUUUUAAUAAUUUGCAUUCUGAAAUACAGCACAUUUGUAUUUGUUCUUGUUUUUUCAAAGUAGAUUAUUUAUGCGCCUCAGCUUGUUAUAAGUUCAAGCGUACCCUACAGAAACAGGGACAUAUGUAGUUACCAGCUCUGUUUGUCUUUCAUGUGUUAAGGAUGGCUGGUGGCAUGCAAAUCUUUUUGCAGGUGUAGCUGUUCAAAGUUUCUUUUUCUUUUUCAUCUAUCAUGUCUAUAUUGAGAAGAUUGCACUAAAACUAGGUCACAGCAAUUUUGAGAUUUGUGUGUUCUUGGCCCCAGUUUCUUGUAUAGUGUGUUCAGUGAGGGUGUUUGCUGUCAAUAAUUGUUACUUCAUAUUCAGUGUUGCACACAGCAUGUCUGACAUGCCCUCAAUGCAUCCUUUGAAUCUGUAGAUAUAUUUUAAUAAAUUCCACACUUGA